AUGGACUCAUCUGAAAAUGAAGAAAAUAUGUUCAUUGUUGGCGAUGCCAAGGUAUUCGAAUUGCACCAACUGAAAGUUCAACAUAAAUUGUUUUAUUUGCCAUGCUCUUUCCUUUUCAUUAAAAAAUCGUAAUCACGGCGGAGGAAGGUCCUGUUCUGGCUACUUAUAGAAACAUGUAUAUUGAGAUACUUUUAUCUUCUAUCUGGCAUCUGGCCAUUUGAAUUGUUGAACAUGCUGAAGUUCAUUCGUGUUUGAUAUUCUAUAAUUAAAGCACAGAUUUAUGCGAAUUUAUAUAUAUGUACAUAUUUGAUUGAUAUUCCUUCUUUUUAUUAUAUUGCAUUCUUCUGGCAGAGUUCCCAAAUUCUUUGAAAACCUAUGAAAAAGAGAAUAACAAUCUUCGUAUUUCCAAAUCAUUUAUGAAGUCGCUUAAAAUUAUCAGUGUCGUGCAACUAGAAAAGUGGAUAUUUUAUUUUAUUUUUGGGUUGUGAUGCUUUGUUGUCUUUAUAGUGUACCAGAUAGCAUGCACAUUUCUGCUCCCCGUGGAUGGCCGUCACCUUCAUACAAUUUCCACAGCACUACUCUUUACAUUCAGCACAGCUCUGACAGACCGGAAAACUCGUUAAUUGGAUCCAUAUAAUAAAAAAAAGUUAUUUUGAUGUGCAGUUACAUGGAGGGAUGUGUAAGGCUCUUUCUUCAAUUGUUUGCAAAGUGCUGGAAAUAUUUCCAGCCAUAGAGGCGGAACGACCAAGAAGUAAAUCUGGCAUCCAGGCUCUAUGUUCUUUGCAUGUGGCUAUUGACAAAGCCAAGAAUCUGCUUCGUCACUGCUCUGAAUCGAGUAAACUUUACUUGGUAAUUGUAUUUCACUUUUAGAAAGAUAAUGAAGAUUCGUUUUUACCUGAUUCUGAGUAAAUUGUCGAGUCCCUUUUGGAAAUGAUUCAUUGUGCCCAUUGUAAAACGUAAUUUCUUCUGCCGUUAGUCAAGUGACUGUCGCACCUGCUCAUGGUGCAUUUAAUCUGUCUGUAACGACACUUAGCGGCCUUAGAUAAUAUCAGCGAAAGUGGAAACCAUUUUUAAGGAACUGCUGCCAGUUCCUGGGGCACAAUUAAAUAUCACUGUGUUUGAUGCCAGAGAGCCCAUAUUCUUUCUUGUCCUUAUGGCAACUAUUUAUUUAUAUGAUGAGUACUCGAGUGGCAAUCCUUUUUCAUUGUCAUAUUUAUUCUUCAGGCCAUCACAGGCGAAUCAAUUCUUCAAAAAUUUGAAAAGGCAAAACAUGCUCUUCUUGGAAGUCUCAGGGGCGUUGAAGACAUUAUGCCGGAAUCUAUUGGCUUCCAGGUAUCUUUCCCCAUAUGUCCUGUCAACAUUACUGGGGAUGGUAUCUCUGAACUGACCUGUUGAUUUGAGUCAUUUAUGCAUUGAUGUCUUCCAACCUAGCCUUCUUGAUUGCUGUUGUAGACGGCCCAUUUUAAUCAUUUCUCUUCUCUGUCCUACCGCUGGUUUAUUUUCUGUUCUGUUGAUUUCAACAUUUAUGCAUUGAAGUUUUCCAAUUUGGCCUUCUCGAUUGCAGUUAUGAACAGCCCAUGUAAAGAACUUGUCUUAUAUUUCCUGUUCUGUUACUGGAUUCUCUUGCAUAUCUCCUCUCAAAUUUCAACGACGGCUGUUCUGAAUUUUAAUUGCUUAGAGGGAAGUAAAGUAAAAAGCUUUCAUCGGCAUCCAUUAUAAGUAGAAUCAUUAAUUACGCACUUAGUUUCUUCACUAUAUUACUGGUUUAUUUUUUAGGGAAUCGUUCAUAUUUAACUUAUUCUGGUUCGUUAAUGGAAAAUUCCCAUUCAAUACUUUUUUCGCACUUACUCAUAUUCUUUCUUCAUCGACUCGACUCUCAUGAACCUUCCUGGUGCAGAUCAUGGAGAUUGUGAAUGAGCUGGAGCAGACUGUGUUUGCAUUAGAUCACUCAGAAAAGAAUGUUGGCGAGGUUGUGAUCCAGUUGCUUCAGAAGGAGAGAAAACUCAACAGCAACUCCAACGACACUGUGGAGCUUGAAAUCUUUCACCAAGCUGCUACGAAACUGGGGAUCAUAUCCUCAAAGGCUGCUCUCACAGAGCGACGGGCCCUCAAGAAGCUCAUUGAGAGAGCGCGAGCUGAGGAGGACUGGCGGAAAGAAUCCAUUGUGUUGUACAUACUGCACUUAAUGAGGAAAUACUCGAAGCUCUUCAGAAGUGAGUUGUCAGAUGACACCGACUCCCAAGGCUCAGCUCCAUGCUCUCCCACCGUGCUCAGCAGCUUUGAAGAAUGCUCUGUUCUCAGUGCAAAUGGGCAGGCUUUUGAGAGACAGCUAGCGAAGAUCAGCUCGUUCAGCCUGAAGCCAAGUAGCAGAAAAUCCGGCGGCAUGCCUGUGCCGCCAGAGGAGCUCCACUGCCCAAUAUCCCUGCAGAUCAUGUAUGAUCCGGUCAUCAUCUCCUCUGGGCAGACCUAUGAGCGGGCCUGCAUUGAGAAAUGGCUUAACGAGGGCCACAGAACCUGCCCGAAGACUCAGCAGCAGCUCUCUCAUCUCUGCCUGACUCCAAACUACUGUGUGAAGGGCUUGAUCGCCAACUGGUGCGAGCAGAAUGGGAUCGCCAUCCCUGAGGCCCCCCCCGAUCCUGUUGAGCUGACUUAUUGGCGGCUGGCCCUGUCAGAGUGUGAGGCCACAGACUCCCGCUCCGUGGGGAGCAUUGACUCUUGCAAGCUGAACGACGUGAAGGUGGUGCCUCCGGCGAACAAUGGCGGGGAAAACCUGAGCGGCGGCUGUUGCCCUGAAUAUGAGACGGACGAGCUGCAGAGAUUGGAAAACCUGCUAUCAGCUCUCUGCGAAGGGGAUGACUUGGGGAAGAAGUGCAGGGUGGUGGAGGAGAUAAGGUUCAUCCUCAAGGAUGAUGAGGAGGCGAGGAUUUACAUGGGCGGCAAUGGGUUUGUGGAGGCUCUGGUUCAGUUCCUUGCGCUGGCGAUCAGUGAAGGAGAUGGGGCUUGCCAGGAUGUUGGGGCCAUGGCUCUCUUCAAUCUCGCCGUCAACAACAACAGGUGAAGUCUCUUUCCUUUCUUUCUCUGUUUCUUAUUUCUCUCUUCUUUUCAAUCUGCCUGGGCUCAUGGGGGGACGGCAAGUGGGCAGCCUGGAGGAGGGAGCGUUGACCUUCUGGGCGCUGCUCCUAGUUUCCCUUUUAGGAUCUGUUGGGCCCAUUGACCAGCUCAUCAAGAACACCUCGCUGUCAUUUCGUCCGAUUUGUAAUCGUUGUGUUCUCCGGUUUUCAACUGAAGCAAGAGAAAAUCCUUAAUAUUUUUAUUAUUCUUUUUAUUUAUAUUAAUGCUCACUCUUGGCAAUGUUCUUAGCAUGCAACCCUUCCAUAUCAUGUAGAAAAAAACUCUGCGAAUGAAAUACCAAAGAAGCCUGGCAAUGAAUCUAACAAUGCCUUAGCGCAUAUGGGCAUCGCUUGAUCAAAGGAUUGAUUGCUGAAAAUCUCAUGUUGUUCGGUAAAAAUGGGUUUUUUGGCUCGCAAUAAAGCCAGCAUCCUCAUCGAGCAAGGCAUAGUCCCAUCUAUCUACCUCUCCAGACAAUAUCUUGAGUAUCUGUGAUGGUGAUUUUUGUUAGUACAUCGAUAUGAUCUCAAAUGUGGGCACAUUCUUCUCAUGGGGAUCUUCCGAUCUGAUCUCAAUCGCAUUUGGGUUGACUGCAUCUUCCUCCUCCUGAUUUCCUCAUUUGGGUGGUUGUCGCAGGAACAAGGGGUUGAUCUUGUCUGGGGGGAUCAUCCCACUGCUGGAGGAGAUGAUGCAGAAUUCCUCCUACGAGGCGGCGACGGCCCUCUUCCUCAACCUCUCCUGUCUCGACGAGGCCAAGCCGGCCAUUGGCGCCAGCGCCGCCGUGCCGCAGCUGGUGAAGCUCCUGCACGCCGCCCACGCCGGCGCACAGUGCAAGGCCGACGCCCUCCACGCGCUGUACAACCUCUCCGGCCACCCGCCGAAUGCCGCCGGGCUGAUCGCAGCGGGCAUCGUGGAGGCCCUCCAUGCCGCCGUGGCGGGGCCGCCAGAGCCGGAGGGGAGCACCUGGGUGGAGAAGUCGGUCGCGAUCUUCACCAAUUUGGGCUCAUCGCCGGGGGGGAAGAAGGAAAUUGUGGCGGCGCCGGGGCUGAUUGGCGCGCUGGCGGCGCUGCUGGACAUGGGGGAGGCUGCCGAGCAGGAGCAGGCGGUGGCGUGCCUCUUGGUGCUCUGCGAUGGCGACGAUUGCUGCAGCCACCUGGUGCUACAGGAGGGAGUGAUCCCUGCGCUGGUGUCCCUGUCGGUGAACGGCACGUCGCGGGCCAGGGAGAAGGCGCAGAGCCUACUCACGGCCUUCAGGGAGCAGCGGCAGCGAGUGGCGCCGAAUUGCGGGGAGGGCAGCAGCGGUGGGGGAGCUGCCGGGGCGGCGGCGGCGGCGGGGGUGGGGGAGGGAGGAGGUGGAGAGGGGAAGCCGCUGUGCAAGUCCAAGUCGAAGAAGCUGGGGAGGACGUUGAGCUCCAUGUGGAAGAACAAAAACUUCUCAGUGUACCAGUGCUAA